CACGACUGUGGAAUCUCUGCUAAAGGAUCUCCGUCAAAGUUCCUCUCUUGAAAAUGGCCUUCCUCUUCGACAGAGUCCUGCAAAAAAGAAGCUCAAAGUUACAGAGGUAGACUACCACAAGGUGAAACAUGAGACACUUCCCAAACGCAGACGACACAGCAAGAGAAGGAAGGACAGGGGCGUGGUUGUAGACUUGACAAGGGCUGAGGGCAAUUCUAAAGACAGUGCCGUGGAAUUAGAAGAGGUUGGUAUAAUUCGUUGUUUUCUCACAACGAUUGAAAGAACUGUUUAUGUCAACGUGUGAAAUGUUUAUCUUGUAUGUGCCCAAUGUUUUAUUUGCAGGUUGACUCGAUAUGUGAUGUGUCUCUUGAUAACGAUAAUGAACUUGAACUGUGUAAUGAUGCGGAUAACGACAUGGAUAAUGAUGAGCUAACUGGAACAAUUCACGAGAGUUCUGCUCGUAUCUCACCAAGGUAUAAUUCUAUCGAAUGUAGUAAUACAGAACAGUGAUCAUAACUCUUCGAAUAUUCUAUCAGUUAAGUAGGGAACGAUUUAUCAACCUUUUAGACUAUUCUUUUGAUCUACUGUUGUGGUGUAUAUACAGGCCUUCUCAGGUAGGAGAGUCAGAAGUACAGUUGUGUGACGCAGAGACGAGAGUUAAGACCUUGCAAGUCAACACUGGUAUACGCGAUUCCGUACUGGAAGUAGGGCCAUUCAAAGUAACCGUUUCUGACUUGCUAGCCACUCUUCCUCCUGGCACUUUAUCUGCAAAAGAAACACAGAAAAUCAAAGAGGAGAUCCCUAGUUUUGUAGAUGGAUGGUUAACUGAUACGGUGAGCAGUACUGUUUUCCAGUAACUAUUUGAAAGAUUAAUUUUGUAUAUCUUCAGUUGUUAAAUUCGUUAUGCUUCUCUUUGUAGAUCGUUGAUGCUACACUGUGGAAACUAACAAAACUCGACCAAAAAAUCUUUGCUGCUGACAGUACCCUUUGUCAGUUGGUGAAACAUGGGGCAAGUACACGUAGAUUGUGGAUGGGCGAGAAAUUCCAUGGAAUUGAAAAAAAUGUUAUUCCAAUGAAUAUCACUGGACAUCACUGGACAUUACUGGUAAGUCGAGGAUGCUAUUCAUACUGUAAUUUUUUUUUAUAUAAAAUAGUCAUCUCUAAAAUUUGUAUUAUAUUCUUUAGAUAAAUUGAACAUUGUACACUUGACUCAGGACUUCGUUUUAACGACAUAAAAUAAAUGUGUUCAAAGAUUUUAGAUAACAAGGAAUCGAUCCGUGUCUACAUUGAUCCUAUUCAUGGAAACAAACAUCCAAAUGAAAUAACAGCAGCUUCCAAUCCCAGCCUGUACAGACUUAUAAAUAACAUAAGGUGAGUUUCUGUAUUCCCAGCAAGACCCUGUGUUUCAUUGUUGUGAGAGUUAUGAAUGGCCAUUGUACUGGCCACAUUGUUUUUAUGAUUUUUCAGCUAUAUAUAUAUAUAUGUGUGUAAUUUAGUGACUUCAUGUAACAUAAACUUAACUAAACCUAACUUAAUUGAUUCCAUCAAUCGCCAGGAAUUAAUAUUGAGACAAUGUUCAUAACUCAUUUUUGUAGCUAUAUCCAGUAGCAUUUAUGAAAAUGGUUGCAAUCUUUCUGUAGUGAGGCUGCUGACAUCAAAACAGGCUGGAAAAGUAAAGAGUGGGCAUGCCUCGAGCCACCCCAUUUUCAGCAAACUGAUGGAUUCAACUGUGGAGUACUUAUUUGUAAGGUAAUCUUUAGAGUAGUAUAAAGCAUUAGAUAAGUGAGCUCAUAGGUACCAAUUCCAUCAAUAUCUAUGACAUUACACAGUCAAAACAAUAUGAUGUCAUUCCAUAGCAGUUUUUAAAGAAACAUAAUAUUUACAUUUUUACAUCAACCAAUCUUACAUCAUAUAUAAUAUAACUGCAAGAUCUAUUGUUAGUUUGCCAGGAACUUGUGUGAUAACAGACCGAUCACAAAGGUCAAUGUUUCUAUUGAGAGAAUGAAGCUUCUAUCCAACCUGUUUGGCAGCUGUUAUGAUGACAUUUUGAGGUACAAUAAUUAUGCCUUUCUUAUCAUUACAAUCACCACUGUGUAUUGUGUUUAAUCUCAAAAAACAAAUUGAGAAUUAAGUAAUCAUUUUGAACUUUUACUUCACUUUUUGGUAGAGGAAGGGAUGUUCUUGUUUGCAAGGUGUGUCAGAUGGAUGACAAUGAAGACUGGCUUGGCUGCGAUAGAUGUGGACAGUUCUUCCAUGCUAGUUGUUUAGGAGUGAACUUUGCCACACCAUUGCAAAAUCCUUUCUUUUAUUGUCCAUGAUCAUACACUUAAAAUACACACAAAUAGCAACCUAUCUGGGAGUCUUCUUUUCAUUUUAAAGUAUGUGAUGGAGUUGUGGCUCAGCUUGUUGAAAUUUACAUUCAAGGGAAAAAAAUUGUGAGAAAGUGUAUUUUCUAAAGCAAGCUACAUGUAUAUAAUUUAAAUCAUUUUUUCCCAAAGAACAUGCAGUAAAAGGGCCCAAGAGGUGUACUGUUAAGAGACCAAUCAUUUAAGUCAGUUAAAAUUUGACCGACUGAAUGUGAUCAGUAAUACUUCUUUGUUACAGUCACAGCAAAUGUUCCUUGAUUUAGGCACUCAUUUGCUGAGAAACUGAUGAAAUAGAUAUGUCAUGUUCAUUAAACAUCUUUUUGGACAAGAACCAUGCAACCAAUAUUUUCAGAAACUUUAAUUGUUAAGAAAACAAGAAAGAACCAAAAGGCACACAAACAAGCAAAAGAUAAAAUACUAAACAAGAACUUACUGAAGAGAAAAUUGAAGACACACCUCCAGAAGCUGGUGAUAAAAUGCCCUUUUUUAACCUCUACGUUCCAAUCUGAUUGAUAAACCAUUUACCAACCAUUUACAAGACUAAUGGGUGAAGCAUUAACCUGUGAAAAAUAUUAUGGAAUUGGAGUUGACGAUAAAAUUUAGAAGGUCCGGUUCUAAAUAAUUCAUAUCCUUG